UCUAAAGGAUAGCUGAUAGUUGAACAGUUCGGAAGAUUUGGAUUGUGUUCUUGAGGUUUUACUGGUAUGGGGUUCGUCGAGGUGAUGAUGACGGUGAAGGCUUAUGUGCUCAUGGUGCUGCUGCAGUUUGGGUACGCUGGGAUGUUUGUCAUCUCGGUGGCAUCGAUCAAGCGUGGGAUGAACCACUUCGUGCUGGUGGUGUACAGAAAUGCCAUUGCUGCUCUCUUCAUUGCACCCUUUGCACUGUGGUUUGAGAGGAAGACAAGGCCAGAGAUGACAGUCAUCAUCUUCCUCAAGAUAGCCGCUCUAGCCCUUUUAGAGCCUGUCCUUGACCAGAACUUGUACUACAUGGGUGCAAACUUAACCUCCGCGGGUUUCGCCUCUGCCCUGUACAACAUGAUCCCUGCAAUUACCUUCAUAAUGGCCAUCGUUCUAAGAAUUGAGAAACUAAGGAUUAAGAGCCGACAUAGCCAAGCCAAGAUUGUCGGAUCGCUGGUGACCGUAGUAGGUGCAUUGCUCAUGAUAUUGUACAAGGGCCCAGUAGUAGAGUUUGUAUGGUCCAAAGGGAGAAGCCACCGUGACACAGCAACCAGCCAAAGCAGCGGUAAUUGGCUAACAGGCAUCUUCUUGCUACUGGGGAGCUGCUUAUGCUGGUCUAGCUUCUUCAUCUUACAGUCCAAUACCUUAGAGACGUAUUCUGCGGAGCUAUCCUUGACGACGUUGAUAUGUCUUAUGGGUGCGGCGAUGAGCGCAGUGGUCACUCUGGCGGUGGAAGGCUUCAGCGCGAAACCUUGGACGAUCGGUUGGGACAUGCGGCUCGUCACUGCUAUCUACUCUGGUGUGGUUUGCUCCGGAGUUGCCUACUAUGUGCAAGGCAUAGUGAUGAAGGAGAGAGGUCCGGUGUAUGUCACUGCUUUCAACCCACUCUGCAUGAUCAUAACUGCUGUCUUGGGCUCCAUAAUUCUAGCAGAGGAAAUAACCUUAGGAAGCGUUAUUGGUGCAGUAAUCAUAGUUGUUGGCCUCUAUUCGCUCAUCUGGGGCAAGAGCAAGGAUCAAGCAAAGCAAUCUUCGGAGAGAACUGCAGCCGAAAGAACUCUACAGCUGCCGAUCGCUGCAACUGAUGCUGGCAAAUUUGGAUCCAGUGGUCAAGUCAGUCUAAUAGAAAUAAACGCGCCAAAAAAUCCAUGAUCAUCAAAAAGAGAUUUUGUUGGCGCAAGUCAACAAUCCUCAGGUAGAUGUGUUUUCUUCUUGUUUUUGCCUUAAUAAAGCUUGUCAGGCACUUGUGUUCAUCAGAUUUCUGAUAGAGUGUCAGAUAAUGAGUGAGUACAUGUUUUUGAUCAGGUACAUGUAUUUAAUCUGAAUAAAGCAUAU